AUGCUACCGUAUGGGUCACCCUCAGUGAAGGAGAUCAACAUGCGGCGACUGAUGGCCAAGUGCGACGCCAAAGUGCAAGCAGAUAGGAUCCUCCAAGGCUCAGAGCGGAGCAAAUACCUCAUGAACAUUAAAGCGCUGGAGGAGAUGCUUAUAGGACUGGAGGAGGAUCUUUCAAGAAGUGGUAGGAUCGACAAGGCAGCGAUCCAAGGAUAUGCGGACAAAAUCGAGGCAUUGACAAGCGCCGUCGGUGGACCUACAACCGUGCAACCUAGUCAUAAGGGAUUGGUUCAGACCAGGAUGGUGUCGGACGCGUCGCAGCUUGUUGAUGGGAGACAUGGAGGACAGGAUUAUGCACUGAGGCGGCCGUCUGUCGCCGUUGACACUGAGAAGCAUCACGAACUGAAGCAACAUACACAUGCACCAACUGACCCAGCAUCACAAAUUCGGGAACGGAGAUCUGACAGGAACGGACUCUACGGGAACAGCAAUAGCAACCACCAGAACAGCUUGGGAAUCACGACGGGUCGAAGUGGUGGUGGAGCCAGUGCCAGCAACAACAAUAACAACAGCAAUACUGUGCGCGGGGAUCAGGCACAAGUGGAAGCAGCGCUCCAGAACGAUCGUGCGGCGCGUGAGGAGAUGGAGGCUGGAAUUUCGGCAUUGAUGCAGCAGCUCCGGCACAAUGCCCUUGCGAUCCAGCAGACCCUUGUCGAUGAACAAAAGUCCGGGGUGUUUGAUGAUGCUGAUCAGGCACUGGAUACGAAUAUUUCGCGGUUGGGAAAGGAGCGGGCACGGUUGGAGUUGUACUCGAAGCAGAGUCGAAAGACCAAAUGGAUGAUUUGGGGGAUUGUCUUGGGUGUCAGUGUUGUCUUUGUCUUUAUGUUCUUUAUCAUCCGCAUCUUUUAG